AUGCAAGCAAUGAUGAAUAUUUUGAAAUAGAGAGAGAUUUAAACACCUUAGAGCUUUGCAGAGGCUUUAAAAAAUUAUUAGUAUCAAGGAAAGUAGUUGGGUACUAAUGGAAAGACUAAUAUUUCAUAGGAUGAACUAGAUGAGCAGUUUUUCAACGAUUAGGAGAGUUUUAAUGUAGAUUGUAAUAUAAAUGAGGAAAUCAAGUCUUAAUCAAGCUAAAGAUAGCUUGACUCGGGGGAGACUAGCUAUAAUGAGAGACAAUUAAGCGAUCAGUAAGAUGGAAAGAGUCAAAAUCAAAUUGGAAAUUAAUAUUGGCUAUCUAUUGAGGAAGAACAGCGUAUUUUAUACGAAGAAGAUAGACUUGAUGAUUCAAAUGAAAUAGUAUACAAUGAAUUUUCAGAUGAUGAAGAUUACUCAGAUUCAGCUAAUAACCUCAAUAAGGAGCAAACAGAUACUGAUUCAGAUGAUAGUGAUGAGUCUUAAGAAAAUUAGUUGUAGGGAUAGAAUCAAUAAGCUGAUUUUAGAGAUUAAGAUUAUGAUGAAUAUGAUGAAGAAUACAUCAAUUUGAUUUAAAAUUAGUGGAGUUCAUAAUGA